CGGAAGUAUAUUAUGUUGUCUCUUUUAAUUUCUGGGCCUAAGCAGCCGGGAAAUGAUAUAGACAUAUAUCUUGCACCUCUCAUCGAAGAUCUCAAAAAGAUGUGGGACGAAGGUGUUAUGGUGUUUGAUGCGUAUUCUAACGAAGAUUUCAGGCUUCGUGCUAUGCUAUUCUGUACUAUAAAUGAUUAUCCUGCUUAUGGGAAUUUAUCGGGGUAUAAGGUCAAAGGGAAAAAGGCAUGUCCCAUUUGUGAGAAUGGCAUGGAGGCUACACAUUUGCCACAUUGUGGGAAACAUGUCUAUAUCAUUAAUAGGCAAUUCCUACAUAGUUCUCAUCCAUAUCGAAAGAAAAAAGCACCAUUUAACGGGUUUGUUGAAAAUGGUCCAGCUCCUAUACCGUUAACUGGAAAAGAAGUUUAUAAUCGUGUUAAGGGGAUGGGAACAAUAUUUGGUAAGGGGGUUAAACCUUCGGAAGACGAUGGUGUCGUUUGGAAAAAAGAGUCUAUAUUCUGGAGACUUCCUUAUUGGAAAUAUUUACCAGUUAGACAUUGUCUCGACGUAAUGCAUAUUGAAAAAAAUGUUUGUGAUGCAAUUAUCGGUACUCUGUUGAAUAUGCCAGGAAAGACUAAGGAUGGUCUUAAGGUUCGUAGAGAUAUGGAGAAAUUGAAGAUUCGGCCUAAUUUAUGGCCAAAGGUUAAGGAAAAGGCUAAGAAAGGAAAGGGAACAACAACGUAUUUGCCUCCAGCUUGCUAUACAUUGUCUAGGAAAGAGAAACGAUUGUUCUGUGAGUGUUUAUACGGUAUUAAGGUUCCCACUGGAUACUCAUCUAACAUGAGAAGACUUGUUUCCAUGACUGAUCUGAAAUUAAUUGGGUUGAAAUCUCAUGACUGUCAUGUGAUGAUGCAAGUGUUUUUGCCGAUUGCAAUACGCGGGAUUCUUCCAAAACAUGUCAGACUUGCUAUCACGAGGUUGUGUUCAUUUUUCAAUACCAUAUGCAACAAGGUACUUGAUCCUGAUAGGUUGGAUGCUUUGCAAAAUGAGGUGGUGAUCACACUUUGUCAAUUUGAGAUGUAUUUUCCACCUUCUUUUUUUGACAUUAUGGUUCACUUAGUCCUUCAUUUGGUAAGGGAGAUUAAGCUGUGUGGUCCUGUGUUUUUAAGAUGGGCAUACCCUUUUGAGAGACAUAUGGGUUCUUUGAAAAAGAAAGUGAAGAAUCCAGCAAGACCAGAGGCGAGUAUUAUUCAAGGAACAAUUGCCGAAGAGGUUGGAGGAUAUUGUUCUUCUUAUUUUGCUAAGGCUGUGACGAUAGGUCUUCCAAAGUCGAGACACGAGGGUAGAUUAGAAGGCAAAGGUGGGGUCGGAAUGCGACAUAUUGCACCUUCAUUGGAUGAGUUGCAUAAAGCUCAUCUUUUUGUGUUGCACCAUGUUACUGAAGUUAAUCCAUACUUAGAAAGACAUAUGCGUGAAUUGCGUCACAAAAAUCCGUCAAAAGGGGAGAGGGCAUUGAUGAAUGAGCAUAACAGGUCGUUCAUUGACUGGUUUCACAAUAAAGUAAUCGGUGAAUUGUCUGCAAACAACCAUCAUGUACCUGAUACAAUUAAGUGGUUGGCAUAUGGUCCACGUGACAGUUUUAACUCCUAUGAAGGAUAUGAUAUCAAUGGUUAUACCUUUUACACUGAACGUCAGGAUAAGAAAUCAAAGGUGGUCCAGAAUUGUGGGGUUUCAACGAUUGCAUCAUCUAGGGAGUAUGCGAGUGCAAAGGAUAAAACUCCGAUUGAUGCUACACAAUCAUAUUAUGGGAUCAUUCAAGAAAUAUGGGAGCUCGAUUAUUGUGACUUCACUAUGCCUAUUUUUCGAUGCAAGUGGGCGGAUAAUAGACGUGGUUUGCAAAAGGAUGAGUGCGGUUUUACUCUGGUCAAUAUGAGUCGUCUGCGUGACACUGAAGAACCUUUUAUCCUCGCAUCGCAAGCAAAACAAGUGUUCUAUGUAUCUGAUCCUGUAGACACUCAGUGGUGCAUUGUUGUUAAUGGUAAAAGGCGAAUUUUAGGAGUGGUGAUGUUGACGACGAAGAAGAAUAUGAUAAGUUUGAUGACAUCCCCCCUUUCUCAAUCCCAAAUGAGAUAUGAUGAAUGUGAUUGAUACUGAAAAUAGUUACAUGCGAAUGGAUCACCAAGAAGGUAUAACAGUCAUUGAGCAACCUAUUGAACAAAAUUAAAGAUAUGGCUAGUGACGAUUCGAGCGAGCAUUCAUCGGAUUCUGAUGCCCCUUUUCACCCAGAAAAGGAGCCUGACCAGGGAGAGGCCAGUGAUCGUGAUGCAGAUGCGUUAGAUGAGUGGAUGGAGAGAUUUGAGCUAGAGGCUGAUAGGAAUGCUUUACUUGGCAUUGAGGUGACAGGUGAUGGGCAGCC